UUGAUUAUUUUUCCCCUAUAUGAACCGCAUACAUAAUAUGGCAAGUUUCCUUGAGAAGACCGCAGCUAAAAAAGAUAAUUCCUUCCAUCUUUUCCUUCCCCUGUAACCUUUCUGCCAUUAUAUGCACAAUCACGCAACAAGACACCGACAAGGUCGUCUCGCACAAACCACAUACAGAUCGGAGAUUGCUAUGGACGACGGAGGCUUGGCUUCUCUUUGGGGCUACGAUGAGAGCAACGAGGAGCUGAAGCAUAAGCUCAUCUGUGCCGCCGCCGAACGAGAGGAACUACGGAUCAGUACCCGCAACGACCUGCACAAGGCCAACGAAACCAUCGGGCGCUUGAUGGACCUCCUCGAGGAGAGAACCCAUGAAAGAGACGAGGCAAGAAGGAAGCUGCAGCUGCUGCUAAACCUGAUGAUACAACCCACCACGGUCCAGCUCCCUAUUCUUCCUCUGCAUCUGCCACUGGAUAUUCCACGGAUGGGUCAAUCAAGAGGCUCAUCUCCCGCCGACACCGUCGAUUCUCCACAGCUCUCAAGCAUCGACAUGGGUGAUCCCUGCGAUGGCAUGGGCAUCUCACGACAGCUUAAGCAUUCAGCGUCCGAGGCCAUGUCUUCUGCUACGGUUGACAGGCUUGCCAUGAAGAGACCUCUCCCGGAGAGAGGAAGGUUUCAGCAAGCUGUUCUCGGAGCGGGUCCAUUGCUUCUGAAUCUUAUAUUUCCGGGGCCAUUCCCACAAUCUCAGGUUGCUUCGGCAUCGGUCACAGCUCAUGAUUCUCCAGGGCCAUUGGAAUACAAUCCAGAAGGCCUGAUUCCUUGUCCUCUCAGCUGUACAAGAUAAUGAAAACACCGAUGGAGGUCGACUCGUGUAGCUCGAACACAAACUAUGAUCUUGCCCUGUUCAAGCGAAUACAACCAGUAAGAUUGCAGAGGUUUGAGGAUUAGCAACCGCUGUGUUUG